GUCAGUUCGCUAACAUGGCGUCGCUUGGUGUGGUCCUCAUAUUGGGUUGUAUAGCCUGCGCUUGCGCCGCUCCAGACUCAAAACCGACAUUAGAUGAUUCCGCAACAGCACUCACUUCAUCUAAUGAAGAAAAUGACACAGACACUGUGGACGCUGUAGUGGAUGAUAUAAUGAAAAAGAUAACCUCUAAUGACAUUGAUGGAGCAGAGAAGAGUUUCAAAGACUUUGUAGAGAAAGCUACUGAAGCCGAAUCACGCGUAUCAGACCCUACCGCGACUGACGAUGACUCUGACGAAGACGCCGAAGGAAAAGAGAUAGGAAAUGUAUUUAAACAAGUGCUAAAAAAGAUCGCAAAGGACGGCAAGGAAUCUGAGAAGAAAAUCAGAGAUAUUUUAGAGAUAGCCGCUAAAACAGGCCAACUUGACCGUGGAUUCGUAAGCGACCUGAUAAAUUCGACACUGGGCGGUGUGCACAUGGGAAUCUCGCUCGGCAACAACAAUGGGACGUCUAACCAGUUGUGUAUCAAACUUGGCAACAUCGUCAUGACUGGGUGUCGCCGGUCAGCAGUCGCUAAGGACACAUCUAAUGAUCCUAAUAGCACACCAACAAGUCUAGAAAGAAAGGCAAGAAUGGCUCGCAAACCGACGAUUCGGAAACAUUCACACCAUUCCUAUUCAACACGUAAUAACAAUAAAAAGAUAACGAAGAAUGUUGUGAGGGUGUUCUCUCAUAUAAUAGAUGAACUGGAGAGGAGCCGUCAAGAACAGGAAGAGAGGAGACGUCUAGAACAGGAAUAUUGGGAAUCUACUCAUCGUGAUUAUUGAUAGCAGGUUGCCGCUGCACAAACAUUAAGAUAAGAAAGAAGAGAUGAUCACAUAAUAGAAACAUCUGAAAAGGGGUUUUGAUAAUUUGUAAUUGAUAUUGUUAAAAACUGUUGAUAAAUAUAAAACAAGAAAUUACAAUACUGUGCUAAUAAAA